GGGGGUUGAAAGGAGAGGGAGGGGGGCUGCAUUACAACAAAGCGAUUUUUAUUUUUUAUUUUUGUUAUUAUUAUUGGUUUUUUUCUUUUCCUUUAAAAGUUCUAAAUGUCCUUAAAAAGAUCAAGCACGAGAAUCCCUUCAGCCGUCUCUCAUCAUCGUAAUGAUAAUAGUUCAACUUUAACUAUUGAUUCCGCAAAUGGUAGUAGACAAAGACAAACUAAAAGAGAUGAAGCUAUUAGAAAAAAGUUAGAAACCGAACUUUCAAAAAAGAAGUCGGGCUCAAAAAGAAUUCGUCAGACACGUAAGAUAGCGGGUACCGUUUCAGCUCUUCGUCCUGCUCAAGCUUUGACUGUAAAAGAUAAUAUGUUGGUGAUUGAAGCGUCUCAGUUAAUGGCAGCUAAAAGAAGUGACUGUGUUCUUGUGGUAGAUGAAGAUGAUCAUUUGAGUGGUAUCUUCACUGCUAAAGAUCUUGCAUAUCGAGUUGUAGCUGAAUCCUUGGACGCAAGAGAUACUACGGUUGCUCAUAUUAUGACAAAGGGUCCUAUGUGCGUCACUUCUGAUACUUCUGCUACUGAUGCUCUUAAUUUGAUGGUUUCUCGAGGAUUUCGUCAUUUGCCUGUUUGUAAUGAAGAAGGUGAUAUCUUUGGUUUAUUAGAUAUAACAAAAUGUUUGUAUGAAGCACUUGAUAAAAUGGAAAGAGCCUUUGGUUCUUCUCGUAAACUUUAUGAUGCGUUAGAAGGUGUGGAGAAGGAAUGGAGCAAUUCACCUAUUCAAUUAGUUCAAUAUAUGGAAGCAUUACGUGAUAAAAUGGAAUGUCCUGAUUUAAGUACGGUAUUGGAUGGUUUACCUCCUGCUGAAGUAAAUGUAAAGACAAAUGUACGUGAUGUUGCACGUAUGAUGAAAGAAUAUCGUACAACGGCAGUCUUGGUGGCAGAUCGAGAAGGUUUAGCUGGUAUCUUUACAACAAAAGAUAUUGUAUUGCGUGUUAUUGCUGCAGGUUUAAACCCGGAAAAUUGUUCUGUUGUACGUGUCAUGACACCACAUCCUGAUACUGCUUCACCUCAGAUGACAAUCAUGGAUGCUUUAAGGAAAAUGCAUGACGGGCAUUACCUUAACCUUCCAAUCAUUGAAGAUGGGGAUGUGGUUGGCAUUGUUGACGUUUUAAAGUUAACUUAUGCUACAUUAGAACAAAUUAACAGUAUUCAAGGCAAUGAUGGUGAAGGUCCAAUGUGGGGCAGAUUUUGGGAUAGUUUUGGAGUUACAGAAAAUCCUGAAUCAGGAUCACAAUUAUCAGAUCCACUCUCUUCACAUAAUAGUAAUAAUAUAAUUAAUCGCGCUAUAUCUCCUGAGCCUUCAACUUCACUAUCUCAACUUCAAGGAUUCUCUGAAAUCACACCUAAUGAAUCAGCUAGUAUGGUUGCUAACAAUGACGAUAAUCGCUCUUCCAUGUCUGAAGACUACAGAAUAUUAUCUAAAGGGGAAGAAGACGUUUUUUCUUUCAAAUUCACAACCAGCAAAGGAAGAACACAUCGAUUUGCAUCUACUUAUAACAGUUAUUCUGCUCUUUUAGACUGUGUACAUCAAAAAAUAAUGACUGAACACAUGGCUAAUAUAAGUGAUACUAUAGAAGAUGCACAAUUACCUGUAGAAUCAUGGCUAAAUAUUUCUUAUUUGGACGAUGAAAAUGAUCAAGUUUUAAUUACUUCCGAUGCUGAUGUAUUAGAUGCUGUUAAGUUGGCUCGUAAAAUGGGACAGGAUCGUGUUAAAUUAUUUAUUCAUGAUAAAACUGAAAAAAAAGAAAAUGAAACGAUAGUUACAAGCACCAAGAUAGAGGAAUCUGUUGUCGUUACAGAGCCUAUUGAAGUUAGUAGGACGGCAAUAAUGCCUACUAUUGAAAUUACAGAAAGCAGCAAUCAUGCUGAGGAUAUAAAGCCAAAUAUGAAGAAGAAGAAAACUAUCAAAGUAGAUGAAGAAAAUAAUAAAUCAAAUAGAAAGAAAGAGACUGAAGCGAAUACAGUGGCUGGUAUUCCUCAAGAAUUAAUAUUACCAGCAGCAAUUGCAUUCUUAGGUGUUGUUAUUAUUGGCGUAUUCGCGUUUUCUCGUGUCAAUGAAAAUCGUCGUUAAUAAAUUUAUUUACAAAUAAGUACAUUUUUUUAUGUA